AUGGAUGCCUCCAGUCCGGUGCCCCCGAGCCUGAAACCGACUCCCCCUCCACCUUCCGCGCUCGCCUCGACUCCUGCCACCAGCAAUACCGCCGCUAUAAAUAACCACGGUCACCGCUCACCGUUACCUCCGAACACAUUCCCUUCGAUCAUGUCUACAUCUCCCAACAGCACGCGCAAACGUUCAAUACAAGAUGAUGAGAUGGGCGGGAUGGACACAGAAACUGGCGGGAUGGUCGUCAAUGAAUCGAGCAUGGACAUCGAUACCGAGACGACCGAAGAGAGCGCAGGUGCUGGCGCAGGAGACCGUACCGGCGUCUCCAUGCAACAGCCUACGAUGACAGGUACUUCGGCUACGUCUACGCCUGACGAUGAUAAAGAGAAUCAGGAUGCCCUGCGGGCUCAUCUUCAGAAGGUGGCUGGCUCGGACGGCGAGAUCGGUGCUGCUCUGCCUUCCCCCGACGGCGAAGGCAACUCGAGUGUCCGGUCUGCACGAAGUGCUGCGGUUUCCCCCGCUCCGUCGUCGGAUAUUGCGCACGCUGGCUUGUCUGCUGCAAGCGACGGGGCUGGGUCGUUUACGGUGCCAGCGGCCAAGAAGAGGAAGCUUUCGCCCACCAGCAAGGACACUAAGCAACAGGAGAAGGAGGCCAAGGAGCGGCAGAAGCAGCAAGAGAAGGCGCGGAAGGUGGAGGAGAAGGAAGUCAAGGAGCGGCAGAGGAUAGAAGAAAAGGCGAGGAAGGACGAGGAAAAGCGCAAACGUGAGGCCGAACGCGAAGAAGAGAAGCGAGCCAAAGACGAAGAACGGAAGAAGCGCGACGCCGAGAAGGAGGAGGAGCGGAAGCGGAAGGAGGAAAAGCGAAAGGUGAAGGAGGAGGAGAAGGCCGCAAAGGAGGAAGAGAAGAGGAAGAAGGAGGAGGAGAAGUCGAAGAAGGAGAGAUCACAAACGAAGCUGAAUUCUUUCUUCGCCAAACCCAAACCCGUCAUUGCCUCCUCGACUUCCAAUUCGACCACCAACAAAACCAUCUCACCCUCACCUCAGAGAACGACCGGCGCUGGCGCUGCUACCGAAUCCCUCCAUGACCCGGCUCCCUCCGCUGUAUCUGACUACCAGCGCGAUUUCCCUGAUUUCUUCUUGCAGUCGCACACCAAAGUUGCGCCGCCCCAUCAGUUCCAGCGUGAUGCCAAAGCUCUUCAUCAUACCCAAGAACAGGUAGACGCCUACCUGAAAUCCAACGCCACCGACCUGCCUUCCGCAUUUCGUCCCUCCGAGAUAUUCAACCUCAUCCCGUACAGACGCCGGUGUGGGAGGUUGCCUGCCUCCGUUAAGGAAAUCCUAAUUCAGAUGCAGAAUCUGGCCGACCAGGCCGGACCUUCCGAGGAUGCCCAGAGAAAGCCGCGGGAGCUGCUGCGGCAAGUCACAAUGAAAUCCUUUAGGUUUGGGGAAGAUGUGCGUCCACCCUAUCAGGGUACAUUUACCAAGCGUCUACCCGAGGCAGCUGCCCAUCGGCUGAUGCGCAACCCUUUCCGCCGAGGAUUACCAGAGACCAAUUACGACUAUGAUUCAGAGGCCGAAUGGGAGGAGCCCGAAGAAGGCGAGGAGCUCGACUCGGAGGAAGAGGAUGAGAUGAGCGAGGAUGGUGAGGACGACAUGGAUGGGUUCCUGGAUGACGAGGAUGACCACCUGAUUGACGGCAAACGACGCCUCAUCGUGGGCGACCUAGAACCUGUCAGCACCGGCAUUCGAUGGCAGGAACAAGGCGUGGACUCCGAGCUGCAGAUGUACAAAUUGGAAACGAUUUCCGACUCGGUGCCUUUCCCCAUCGAUCCGUUCUCCACCGUGUACUGGCAAAAACCUAAGCCUGCAGAUUCCGUGCCGGGCGCUGCGGGUCUGGGGCGGUCGACGCUGCAUACCUUCAUGGGCCAGGCGGUCUCUGGCUCCCACAAGGGCUCCCCUGGAGGAGGAUCGACGGCGGACGGGGGCGCUUUAGCGGUGGUGGCAGCGGGACGAACAAAACAGCGGACGUUUCCGGCAGAGCAGCUGGGUGAGUUCAAGCAGGUGGUGGAUGGCAGUGAUCUGACCAAGCUGGGAUUGCUUGAAAUCUUGAAGAAACGGUAAGACGUGGGCCCACAUGUUGACUUGUCUCUGAAGAAAACGGAAGGCUAAUCUCCAGGGUUGUCUUGCGAUAGGUUCCCGAAGGUCUCGAAGGACGUUCUGAAAGACACGCUGAACAGCGUGGCCACGCGAGUAGGACAUAAGGAGGCUGACAAGAAAUGGGUCUGUAAAUAGAGGCAGACGAGGCAAAGCAGCGAGAUGGGGGGAAGACAACGCAUACAAGGGCGACAUCAUCCAUCCCCCUUACCCCAGGGGAUCAAUUGAGCUAAUCUAUUGGCCAUCGGCAAGAACCUGCGCCCCUCUUCUUUCUACAUAUCAAUAUUC